AUGUCUUGUAUAUCUUUACAAAGUACCUUGGUAUUGACACUCGUAUUGCUUUGCGGGUUGUCAACUUCAACAUGGACCGAUACCAUCUAUCGAGGAACAUGUAGAUUCUCACACAAGUACUCCAAUGAUCAACUACUCAACAAUGCCACUGCUCGUAAGGAGUACGUUCAAUCAGUACUGCACUAUGAAGGAAAUUUCCACUCACAUAUGAAUGGUAUCAAUGUAUUCUCUGGUAUGACAAUCGAUGGAUGUAAGUUGGAUCCAGUGACUGGUAAUACGACCAGCCCAAGGAGGUACACUGCAGCCAGCAAGGAGUCGUUGCAUCUUUCAAUGUUGGCAUUGGCACUCAAUGGUCCAACGGCCGAAGGCUACGACCCUCUGGACUACUUCCAUUACCCAAUCAACUUGACUGCGACCGAGCGCAAGCUGAUCCACACUGGUGACAAUCGUGUAGACAACGUACUCGUCACUGCCUACCGCAAGAUGGACACACUGGAGCGCUUCAACGCCCAGCAGCCAGGCUACGGUGGAUACGUCCCCUGGAGUGGCGUCAAUGACAAUGGCCUGGACAACGAUACUCAGACCGACACGUCGGUCCCAUCACUGGACAAUGGUGAGAUGGUCUGGGGCAUCUACGCUGUGGCCCAUGUUUUGAAGCAGAAGUACCCUGAUCACGCCCAGCUGGCCACUCGCUAUCGCAACUACUUUGACUUGCUCGCCAACAAUGCCAUCACGGUCUUCUUGAACCGCACCAGCUUCUACUUUGCAAUGUCGGCAGUCGUUGGCGCCAACAAUGUCAGUGUCGCCAAGAACACCUAUCGCUCGGACGGCAUAUACUCCUCUUCGGGACCCUUUGAGGGCGAGCUGUUUGCAGUGUUUGCCGACAUCUUUGGCAAGUGGGAGAACCCGACACAGCGCGACAGCACCUGGGACCUGUCCCUCUACAAACUGAACUGGACCAUCCCAGCCGGUGUGAUCACCGUGCAGCGCGGAUGGACAUACUCAAGCCACGAGGCCUGGAAGUACAUCAUGAUGCCCUACCAGAGCGUGCCCAUCCAGGCGCGCAUCCUGGCCAACUGCGAAAAAGCCCGCACCUGGUUCUCCACGCUCAGUGGCUACCCCGGCCUGUUUGCCGCGUCCUACAACUCGACACUCAACUACGUAACCAGCGUCGGCAUUGCCAACCUGUCUCGCGCGAGCAUAGACUACAACGACUUCUACACACCAUACGGCGCAUUCCCCGUGCUGAUGGCCAAUCACUCGGUCGGACUGGUGUGGUACAACAACAUGCUCAAGGGACCAGCGAUGCAGGGCCCCUACGGCUCGACAGAGUCGGGUACCAACGAUGGCAAGGCCGUGGCCAACAUCAUGUCAUGGGAUACCAAGGGACCUUCGGUGAUCGCCAUGCUCGGUGGCAUUGGAGACAUUGUCAAGGAGGCGCUGGUAGGCGAUCGCAAGUACCAAAUGUUCUUUGAUAGGAUCAACAGCAGCUACACAGCACAGAUGCCCUAUAUGGUUGGCGAUAAUGUACCAUAUGGAAUGCCCCCACCUCCCGCACCAGAUGCCACUGCUCACUACACCUUGUGUGAUGACUAUGUUGCCCCACCUCCGUCAACUGGAAUUGUUUUGCGACCGUCUAUCAACCUGGUCAUCAUCUCUGUAUUAUUAUUGUUAUUGCUCUCCUACACAUCUUGA